GUCGAGCUUUCGCUGGAGUCGGUCGUUUGAGAAGUGCCCCUUUCCUGUCGCGAGUUGCGAAGAGGUGGUUCGCGUGUCUCUGAAACCCGAGAAUUGAGAGCUUCUUCGCGCCCGGGGGACUGCACCCGGCGGCCCGGCGGCCGUCACCAUGCCACAAAACGAGUAUAUUGAGUUACACCGGAAGCGCUAUGGAUACCGUUUGGAUUACCAUGAGAAAAAGAGAAAGAAGGAAGGUCGAGAAGCUCACGAACGUUCAAAGAAGGCGAAAAAGAUGAUUGGUCUGAAGGCUAAGCUCUACCAUAAACAGCGCCAUGCUGAGAAAAUACAGAUGAAAAAGACUAUCAAGAUGCAUGAAAAACGAAACACCAAACAAAAGAAUGAUGAAAAGACUCCACAAGGAGCAGUACCUGCAUAUCUACUGGACAGAGAGGGACAGUCCCGGGCUAAAGUACUUUCCAAUAUGAUUAAACAAAAACGAAAAGAAAAAGCGGGAAAAUGGGAAGUCCCUUUGCCCAAAGUUCGUGCCCAGGGAGAAACAGAGGUAUUAAAAGUUAUUCGAACAGGAAAGAGAAAGAAAAAAGCAUGGAAGAGGAUGGUUACUAAAGUCUGCUUUGUUGGAGAUGGCUUUACUCGAAAACCACCUAAAUAUGAAAGGUUCAUUAGGCCAAUGGGCUUACGUUUCAAGAAGGCCCAUGUAACACAUCCUGAACUGAAAGCUACCUUUUGCCUGCCAAUACUUGGUGUAAAGAAGAAUCCCUCCUCCCCACUUUAUACAACCUUGGGUGUUAUUACCAAAGGUACUGUCAUCGAGGUGAACGUGAGUGAGUUGGGCCUUGUGACACAAGGAGGCAAGGUUAUUUGGGGAAAAUAUGCUCAGGUUACCAACAAUCCUGAAAAUGAUGGGUGCAUAAAUGCAGUCUUACUGGUUUGACAGCAGUUUCAUACAAGUAACUUUGUAAUUGUUGAAGAUUAUGCACCAAUCAGGAAAAUUCCUUUACUAUGAUGUUUCUGAGUGCUAUCAAACAGCUAACAUGUCUGCAAUCAUCAAGAGAAUUAUUUAUUCUAUUGUAAAGAACAUUAAAAUGGCCCAGUUUUACAAA